AUGGCCAUGGCCAUGGCCAUGCACAGACCGCGGCCGGUCAUCCUGGGUAUAUUUUGUUUUCUUCUCGCGGGCCUGCUCUCGGGCACGGCAGACUGGCACAGCGGCAGCAGUGCGCUGGACAAACCAAUUGACGGACUAGAGCAGUCGCGCCCGUCCAACAAAGACCAGCAAAUGACCCAAAACGAGCAACCAAUCUAUACGGAGUCGGCCCUCGUCACUGGACCAGAUGUCCGUGACCCGCGCGGGAAUGACUAA